UUCAAAUUGGCCAUUUCUUGAACUUUAAAUACUCUCUUAGGCAGCUGUGGGAAAAGGGACAGCUAGGUCACCAAAAUUGGAGAGUAAUAAGAUGAGUAAAGAGAUGCUGCAUUUAUUGAUAAGCCAUUGAGAGAAAGUCAGGGGUGCAGAGGUCACCAGCAAGAGGCCAUUGAUAUAGGGGAUUGAAGAGGAGCAAAUUAUAUUUUAACAAUGAGCUCAGACAUACCUUUAGACAACUGUGUUAACAGUUGUCAGUCUUACAACGGAUUGGAUAAUUCAAGGACGCCUAGUGAAAAAAAUGAAGUUCAAAAUGAUUUCCAACCAGACAUUGUUAUUAAGACCGAAUGUCCAGAUGAAACUUACACCUAUCUAUUUGAUGGUUCAGACUAUAAAGAAAGUGAUUCAACACUUAAUGGAAAUGAAGAAAUGAAGAUGGAAAGUGAAGAUAGCAUGGCACAUACUGUAUCUUUAAAUAUGGACAAUCAUUGGCAAAAUAAUGUCAAGGCAAACUCAAAUGAACUUGUUGGUUCCGAGUUCAAUGAUAUACUUAAAAAUAGAGUGGCACAGAAUUGGACAUGUGGUUCUAAUUCAACAACCGACCAGAGUCCAGCACAGACUAGCUCACUCAAUAAGGUGAAUCCUGCUGUGAAAAAAAGGAAACCAUCUGCUAAGAAUGAUGAAAGAAAGUCUACUAACAUUGAAAAGAAACUAUCUGUCAAUGUAAAGAAAAAAAGAAUACGGAAUAGAAAUAAACUCUCUGAUCCUGAGAAGGUUUCUAAACGUGCAGAAUAUCAGAAAAUGAAUGAAGAUGUAGUCAAAAGGUUUGCUAAACGGACUUUCAUUCAAAGCAAUGGUGUAGAAACAACAGAGGUUGACAGAAAGGGCAGUGAUGAACCAACAAAUAAUGGACAAGGGAAAAUCAAUUUACAAGACAUUACUUAUGAGUGCAGUGAGUGUGAUUAUGUAGGUGGAAGACAUAACUUCCUAGAGCACUGUAAAAGAUCACAUUGUAAAGACAUAGAAGAGUACAAAAUGUUUAAAUGCGAGACCUGCUCAAAAUCAUUUGUUUUGAAAAAAGAUUUAACCAAGCACAUUAGAGUUCACCAUUCAGUUGUUGUAAACUGUGAAGUGUGUGGAAAAUCAUUCAAUAAUGCCUACUAUCUAACGAAGCAUUCCGAAAUACACAAGGAAAUUAGGAAUGAGCAUGAGUGUAAGGUGUGUCAUAAGAUCUUCCUACACCAGUCUGCCCUAGUUACACACAUAAGGAGGCGGCAUCCAGAUCAGAAAGACAACCUGAUCCGUUUCCGGUCAUCGUUAAACUACAAAGAUCAGACACCCAUCGUAUGUGACUGUUGCGGGAAAGAGUUUGACGACAGAGACAAAUUCUCGCGACAUGUGUAUAACCAUUCCAAACAAAGACCAGUUCCUAAGUUGUUUCCAUGCACAGAAUGCUCCAAAUCAUUCAUUUGUCCAGCUCUGUUGAAUAGACACCUGAAAACCCAUCUAGGAACGAAGGACUUUCAAUGUGUAUACUGUGGCAGAGGAUAUUAUUCGAAGGAAUCACUGGAUCGUCACAUUCUUACCCAUACAUGUGAACCUGAAUUUCAAUGUUCUCUUUGUGGUGAACAGUUCUACGAGAGGAGUGUUAUUACAAGACAUAUAACCGGAAAACACAAGUGUGUACGAGCUGAUGUGAAGAAACAUUUUGUUAAGCUUGAGCGGCAGCCGAAGACAACCCUGAUGUAACAAGUAAAAUUAAACUUGUGAAAGUUCAUGAUUGUAUACAUAAAUAUUCCUAGAUCUAUAACAUUUGUCAGUAUUCCCCCACUUUAUUUAUUGUCUUGUAUGUAUUAUAAUGUUAUAAUAUUAAUUAGGUUAUUUCAUUUUGGCCAAGUUAUUUGUCUAAGGUCAGCACUAUUGGCCAUGCCUAAAGGGUGGAGGCCAAUAUUGCUGAUUGAGUCAAAUACGUAAUAGUUAUAAAUAAUAAAAUUUAAAGUAGCACUCUGGCAUAAAAAUAGAUUUGUCAUUUAGAUAGUUAUGAUUAUCAAUGUAUGUAUAUAAAUAUAUAUAUAUAUAUAUGCAGUUUGUGCGCAUGUUUCCAUGUUGCGGAUAAUCAGAUUGAAGGAUUUUUAAUGAAUUAUAAAUGUGUAAAACACUCUUUUUCAAAGAUGUUUGAAUAUCCUGGAAUCCAAUUUGACAGAGUGCUCCUUUAAAAUUGACAGAGGACAUGUACUUAUUAAUGCUGGCAUUAUUUAAUAGCAACUGUCCAAGUUGUAAUUAGUUUAUCAGUGUUUUUUUCUUUCUUUUAUUGUCCUCAUUAUGGGAAUAGACUUGUUUUAGUGGUGUUUCAAUUUCUGAUAUAACAUUCUGUACAGAUUAUAUAUAUAUGUAUUUUUAAGCUCACCUACGCAUGACAUGCUUAUUGUGUGAGCUGUUGGGGUGGAUGAAGUGUCCGGUGUUUUAUAAAAGAAAGUAACUACAAGAAGCAUUCAUAGAGAAGUUCUUGACAUGCUUUAAAGAUAUCUAGCAAAUCAUUUUUACUUAUAUUUUAUCUUUUUUUUUUUAUUUAAAAUAUGUAUGGACUGUAUUUCUGUUUUUGAAAUUGCAUUCAAAGAAUAUGUUGAUAUUUAAAGCAAUAUAGCCUGUAAUUUGAUAAAUCUAUAGCGAUAGUUGAUUCAAACUAAAAAACAAACAUUUAAUAAUUAUAAUAUAUUUUUGCAAUUAUUAAUCUAACAAAACAUCAUGAACAUUACUAAAAUAAUUAUCAGUCAUUUAAAUAAACAUUUUACCGGUAUAUACUUUGGAAUUAAAGUAAUAUAGAAUGUACAUGUAAGGUAAUAAAAUACUUCUUACACCUUGGUUAAGGGUUUGCAUUAUUGCUCAUUUUAGACUAUACUGAGCCUUUGAAAUAAUGCCGUGGGGCAAGUAGAAAUUCUAAUGCGUCUGCCAAAAAGGGGAAGUCAUGUUUUUAUUCCAGUUUGACUAGCUUUUAAAAAAAGCAAUUGACUGUGGCUCAUGUAUGAAAGUAAUACUAAUUCCACGUAUUGUUCAAUGUGUCAGGAAAUGGGGGUGAAAUCUAAUAUAUUGUUCAGGCAAGUAAAAAUAGUUUUGGGCAAGUAAAUUUUGAAAGCAACUAUUUUUAUGCCCCCAAAGGUGGGCAUAUUAAAAUUGCACCGUCCGUCCGUCUGUCCGUCCGUCCGUCCGUCAGUCCGACUCAAUAACUCAGAAUAUUAUGGACAGAUUUUAAAAUAACUUGCCACAUGUGUUUGACAUACCAAGACAUCGUGUCGCAUGCAAGAACCGUGUCCCUACCUCUAAGGUCAAGGUCACACUUAGGUGUUUAUUCCCAAUGGAAUGCUGCAUAUAAGGACAUAGAGUAUAGAUUGUCUUGUUCGGGCUGUAGCUUUCCCUUGUAUGGACAGAUUUUAAAAUAACUUGCCACAUGUGUUCGGCAUACCAUGACGACGUGUCGCGUGCAAGACCCGUGUCCCUACCUCUUAGGUCAAGGUCACACUUAGUGUUUAUUCACAAUGGCAUGCUGCAUAUAAGGACAUAGAGUAUAGGUUAUCGUGUCUCGGCUGUAACUUUCCCUUGUAUGGACAGAUUUUAAAAUAACUUGCCACAUGUGUUUGGCAUACCAAGAUGACGUGUCGCGUGCAAGAACCGUGUCCCUACCUCUAAGGUCAAGGUCACACUUAGGUGUUUAUUCACAAUGGAAUGCUGCAUAUAAUGACAUAGAGUAUAGAUUGUCGUGUCCGGGCUGUAACUUUUCCUUGUAUGGACAGAUUUUAAAAUAACUUGCCACAUGUGUUCGGCAUACCAAGACGACGUGUGGCGUGCAAGAUCCGUGUCCCUAUUUCUUAGGUCAAGGUCACACUUAGUGUUCAUUCACAAUGGAAUGCUGCAUAUAACGACAUAGAGUAUAGGUUGUCGUGUCUGGGCUGUAACUUUCCCUUGUAAGGACAGAUUAUAAAAUAACUUGGCACAUGUGUUUGAAUUACCAAGACGAUGUGUCGGGUGCAAGACCCGUGUCCCUACCUCUUAGGUCAAGGUCACACUUAGUGUUUAUUCACAAUGGAAUGCUGCAUAUAAAGACAUAGAGUAUAGGUUGUCGUGUCCGGGCUGUAACUUUCCCUAAACAUGGACAGAUUUUAAAAUAACUUGCCACAUGUGUUCAACAUACCAACACGACGUGUCGCGUGCAAGAACCGUGUCCCUACCUCUAAGGUCAAGGUCACACUUAGGUGUUUAUUCACAAUGGAAUGCUGCAUAUAAUGACAUAGAGUAUAGAUUGUCGUGUCCGGGCUGUAACUUUCCCUUGUAUGGAUGGAUUUUAAAAUAACUUGCCACAUGUGUUCGGCAUACCAAGACGACGUGUCGCGUGCAAGAUCCGUUUCCCUAUUUCUAAGGUCAAGGUCACACUUAGUGUUUAUUCACAAUGGAAUGCUGAAUAUAAGGACAUAAGAAUUUAGGUUGUCAAGUAUGGGUGGUAUUUUUUAUGUUCUGAGGCAAUUUAAAAUAACUUGCCAUAUGUAUUUGUUUGAUCUUUAACUUUUCAUGUACUGACCUUGUUCAUAGGUCAAUGUCACAUUCGGUGGCAUUCGUCACAUACUGUGACAGCUCUUGUUUAAGACUGCAAUACAAGGCUCUCACUAAACUCAUUUUUUAUUGAAGAAGUUUUACUUAUCAUUAUAUUGACUGAUUUAAUAUUUUAUGUUAAAUUAUAUAUAUAUUAUCUUUUACCUGUACUUUCUUUAUAAAGACUUUUGAUAUUUAUCAUUAUUAUACAUGUAUGUAUUCUUUAUCUUAUUUGGAUGGUUUUGAAUACCGAUUAAUAUUUAUAAACACAGAUGAAAUGUUUACCAAGUUUAUUGCCAAAAUAUAUAAGCAUUAAAUGACAUUAUAGAUAUGUAUGAACAUUUCAAACAAUAGCAGUAAAACAAAGUAAUAACAUAUGAAUAAAAUCAAGGCACAUUUGUUCCUAAAGCACCA